CGUCUGAAUGAGGCUGUGGCUAGUCGAGACAUAUUGUUGCGAUCCGCUGCUGCUCAAUUUCAUCUUCCUUCUGAUUUGACGGAGGCACUGGAAAAUGCCUCUGAAAUGUCUUCCACUCUCCUGGACUCAUUACGCCAGGAGUUCAAAAAAGCAGUACAGGAGAAAGAAUCCAAUUUCCAACAUAUCAAGCGCGAGAAUGACUCGGAAUUAACCCGAGUGAAAAAUCAGGCGGAACGGGCCAAGAUAACCACGGCCAAACUAGAUGCGAUCCGCGUUGAGGUUGCCACGGCGGAAACCGCAGUAGAAGAGCUGGAUCGCAGUACUGAACUGUCAGAUACACGAGAUCGGUUGACCGGAUUAGUCACGGAACGACGAGAGAUUGAUCGCGCUCUGAAUACUGUCGAUCGCAGUCGGCAUUUGGAAGCUUUGGAACAAGUGUUCGGGGACACGGCUGUGCCUCCGGUACUGACGGAAACCAUCAUCGAGACAGAACUGGCCCGCGCGCAAGAUCGUACACGUCUGCCAGGGCUACAAACUAAUCGUCUCCGUGCCCAGUUCAUGAAUCGGCUGAAUAGUCUAGAUCAGGCCGUUCGGGAGACGCGUAAACGUUUGACGAAAGCAGGAAACGACCAGUCGGUGCUGGAAACUAGUACCAAAUACACACGGUCUCAACUUCAAGACAAACAAAAUCAGCUUCGACAAAUGGAGGAACGUAUUCUCUCGGUUGCUGGCUCUCCUGAUCUGGAACAGGUGCUCGGUCGUUUACAGCAGCGGCGCCAGGUCUUGGAAGAGUAA